CUUACCGCUUAUAUAUAAUUCGCAUUCUUCUUAGAUUCUGUGCAAAACCAUCAUCACUCGAGAAUCUAGCCACCAGAAUUCCCAAUUCUCUCUUUUAAUCUUCAGAUUUCUCAAAAUGCCUGCGAUUCCAGAGGAGCCAUUGCUCGCUCCUAACCCCGAUAGAUUCUGCAUGUUCCCAAUUGAGUAUCCUCAGAUAUGGGAAAUGUACAAGAAAGCCAUGGCCUCGUUCUGGACCGCUGAGGAGGUCGACCUCUCACAGGACCUCCGCCAUUGGGAAGGCCUCACGGCCGACGAAAAGCAUUUCAUCUCCCACGUUCUGGCCUUCUUCGCCGCCUCCGAUGGUAUCGUUCUGGAGAAUCUCGCCGGCCGGUUCAUGAAGGAGGUUCAGGUUGCGGAGGCUAGAGCGUUCUAUGGCUUCCAAAUCGCAAUUGAGAACAUUCACUCCGAGAUGUACAGUUUGUUGCUCGAAACCUACAUCAAGGACUCAGUCGAGAAGAACAGGUUGUUCCACGCCAUCGAGACUGUACCUUGCGUCGCGAAGAAAGCCGAGUGGGCGCUAAAAUGGAUCGACGGCUCCGAGUCGUUUGCAGAGCGUCUGAUUGGCUUCGCAUGUGUGGAAGGUAUUUUCUUCUCGGGAAGUUUCUGCGCCAUAUUCUGGCUGAAGAAACGAGGCCUUAUGCCAGGAUUGACAUUCUCAAACGAAUUGAUCUCCCGAGACGAAGGCCUGCACUGCGAUUUCGCGUGCUUGCUGUACUCUCUGAUGAGGAAUCAACUGAGCGACGACAAAGUGAAGGGGAUCGUCCGGCAGGCGGUGGAUAUCGAGAGGGAAUUCGUGUGCGAUGCACUGCCGUGCGCGUUGGUGGGGAUGAACGGCGAUCUGAUGAGCGAGUACAUCGAGUUCGUUGCUGACCGGUUGCUGGUAGCCCUAGGGCACAGCAAGAUUUACAAUGUACAGAACCCGUUCGAUUGGAUGGAAUUGAUAUCGCUGCAGGGGAAAACCAACUUCUUCGAGAAGAGGGUGGGAGAGUAUCAGAAGGCGUCUGUGAUGUCGAGCCUCCAUGGAAAUGGAGGGAUUCAUGAGUUCAAGAUGGAUGAGGAUUUUUAGACUUGGUUUCCUCUGUAUCAUCAUCUGUGUAUUUAUUAGUUUUGGUUUCUUUUUCGUAAUCAUUUGAUUGCUUUGGGAUGUAUUUCUAAUUUGUUGAAUAAUAAUCUGAGUUAAGAAAAAUCUCUUACGUCACA